CGAAAAAUAAAAAGGGAGCCUGUUGCUGCCUCCAUUUCCCACGUCGGCUGCAGCUCCAUCUCGGCCCCACGAUGCUGUCGUUGAUGUCCAUGCGCAUGGGGAUCCUGACCAGAAGAGGAGCUCUCAGCGCUGCUGCCAUUCAAACGGCACAUGGUCAUGGUGGACAUGUCUCUACCCAAGAGGACCUCUCCGUGCCCCUUUACUAUGACAAGCGCAGUUAUCCGCUGCCGGACGCCCCGUUUUGCAAAGAUCUGGACGUCACGCAGAAGGCCCUCAAGGAGAAGGAGAAAGGCUCCUGGGCGCAGCUGAGCAACGAGGAGAAAGUGGCCUUGUACCGGAUAAAGUUCCACCAGACCUACAGCGAAAUGAACAAGCCCAGCAACGAGUGGAAGACCGUCCUGGGAGCCAUCUUCUUUUUCUUUGGCGUCACCGGAUUAAUCGUUUGGUGGCAACGCAUGUUUGGUAUGAGAAGGAAGACGGGGCAGGAAGAGUGAGGGGAGUGGGGCAGU